AUGGUGGGCGUUGUUGCCGAGUUGUUUGAGCAUGUGGUCUGCCCAGGCAGAGCAGCCUUUCAGAUUAAAAGGCAACCCUUACUUGACGCCUUUUCUUCCCUCCAAGGCUUCUUCUGGCACGUGACAGACUUCCACUAUGACUCCACUGUAUUCACCAGUCAGGACUCGUGUACCUCUCCUGUAGCAGACAUUGAGCAGAAGCCGUAUGGUGACUAUCUCUGUGACUCCCCUUGGUCCCUCAUCAACAGCUCCGUACACGCCAUGAAGCAGAUUGAACCUAACGCAGACUUUAUACUCUGGACAGGGGACAGCGGACCUCACAUCGACGAGAGCAAGGACAGUACCGAAAAUAUCAUCAAUAUCAUUUCCAAUCUAACUGGUAUAUUAAUGGACAUCUUUCCGAAUACGAAAGUGUACGCAGCUCACGGUAACCAUGACUACUUCCCUGCCAACCAACUUCCGCCGCAUGAGAAUGAAAUUUACCGCGCAGUAGCAAACAUGUGGCAACGGUGGUACCGCGAUUCCGAGGCCAACAGAACAUUACGAAAAGGUUCUCUUCAUGACUCAAUCCCAAACCGAGCACUUGGGUUAACGUGA